AUGAGUUCCGGCGAUGAGUUCCAACAAUUGGUAGAUAGGGAGUUCGAUGAACUCGUUCAGGAGGUGCAACGGGAAGCAGAAGAGGAGGAGGCGGCGGCGGCGGCGUUCGUUCGCCCGUUCUAUCAUCGGCGGACCAUCUGGCGUGACCAUGUCGGGGCACACCAUCGGUUGGUAGAAGACUACUUUGGCGAUAACCCCCGUUACCCAGCAGAGAUUUUCCGUCGCCGCUUCAGAAUGUCGCAACGGCUAUUCAUCCAUAUAGCGAAUACAUUGGCGCAGCGGUACAGGUGCUUCACAUUGCGUAAUGAUGCUACCGGCCGACCCGGGUUGUCGACAUAUCAGAAGUGUACCGCUGCAAUUAGGCAGCUUGCCUAUGCCGGCCCCGCUGAUAUGUUCGACGAAUACCUACAGUUGGGUGAAACAACUGCUCUGACGGCGCUGAGGCAGUUUUGUAAUUGUAUCCAGACCAUCUUCGGCCCGGAGUAUCUACGGAAGCCAAAUGCCGAUGAGUGCCAGAGAUUGAUAGAUAUGCACGGGCGAGUGCAUAAUUUUCCGGGGAUGAUGGGCAGCAUCGAUUGCAUGCACUGGGAGUGGAGGAGCUGCCCGGUUGCUUGGAAGGGGCAGUUCACAUCUGGAUUCAAAGGAAGACACCCAACAAUGAUACUGGAAGCUGUUGCUGACUACCGACUGCGAAUCUGGCGUGCCUAUUUUGGUGUCGCGGGGUCGAAAAACGACAUCAACGUACUAGAUUCGUCCCAUCUCUUCAAUGAUGAGUGUCGGGGUGUGGGUCCGACGGUCAGAUUCAUGGCCAACGGGACGCAGUACAACAGGGCAUACUAUUUAGCCGAUGGGAUAUACCCUCGUUGGCCCGUGUUUGUCAAGACGAUCCGGCAGCCGGUUGGGCCGAAACAAUCCUAUUUUGCGGCCAAACAAGAGAGUGCUCGGAAGGACGUUGAGCGUGCUUUUGGUGUCCUCCAAUCGCGAUGGGGCAUUCUUCGGUGCCCGGUUCGACAAUGGCACGAAAAUGAUGUCGCCUCCAUCAUGUAUGCAUGUAUCAUAUUGCACAAUUUGAUAAUAGAGGACGAAGGAUAUUCUGCAGAGAACUGGGCACCGGAAGAGGGUGCAAGUACGAGUCACGGUGUUGCAACCGCCCCACUGCAGAUGGGUGUACCGCGUAGUGAUGCAUACUUGAUCCAACGGUUCGCCGAUAUGCGGAGGGAAACAUCACAUACGACACUGCAGGCUGAUAUGGUAGAAGAGGUUUGGAAUCGUAGGGGAGGAGGGCGUAGAGCGUGA